GAUAGGUAGGGAAUAACAAAGCGUGCAUAUAGCGAAGCAAACGGAGUGAUUAUGUAAGGAGGAAUUUGUUGAUAAAACUGUGAAUUCGAUUGAAUAUUUAUUUACACUAUUGAUUUAUUCUUACAUCUACUAUUUACAGUGCCUUAAAUCUAAAGUUUAUUCUUAAAUCUACCAUGCAUUUAUACUAAAAUCUGUUAUAUAAAAUCUAAACUAAAACUAUAUUCAGUGGAAUUGACGAUACGAUCCAUCCUAUAAUUCAAAUCAGUACACCAAAAUUCUUAAAGCGCACAAACCAAAUAAAGUGUUGCUGUUGAGACUUGGUGACUUCUGACCCCACAAAUCUUUAAGAAUUUUGUACGAGGGAGAAAUAUGGAUGGACAUCACAAUGCCACUGGGUUCAACUGCAAGAAGUGCCAACGACCCGAUUCGGCGGAUGAGCAGAUGGUCGCUUGUGAUUCGUGUCAGGAUUGGGAGCACUUUACCUGCGCUGGGGUAGAUGUGAGCAUUAAGGACCAGCCGUAUGUGUGCAGUGAAUGCAAGCUCAAGAAAACCGGAGCCAAGCCGAAGGAAUCGUUGAGACCGCCGGACAAGCAGGAUAAGAAGUCAUCAAGAGCUUCGUCGAAGAAGGUAAACUCGAAAAACAACCCUGCCCCUUCGAGUGUCAGUUCCGCAACACGAAUGGCUAUGCUGCAGGCGCAGCUGAAAAUGAUUGAGGAUCAGGAGUUGCAGCAGGCUCGUGAUUUAGAGGCGGAAGAAGAGCUAAAAAAGCGCGAAAUGGAGGAAGCUCAACGUCAGCUGGAGGAAAAAAGGAAGCUACAGGAAGAGGAAAACCGCCUACGUGAGUUGAAACUACGUGAGGAAAAGGAGAUUCUCGAAAAGCGGAAAAUCAUGAGGCAGCAAUCCGCUGAGAAGAAAAAUGAGCUUUUAAAGCAGAUGUCCGAAUUCGGCAGCAAGUCCGGUUCAAACGUAGAUUCGAACGAGAAGGUGUCAUCGUGGCUGGCAAAACAAGAGGAUCUACCGCCACCUCCGGCGGAGCCACUUGUACACACCAACAAGCCAUUCCCCGCGUUGGCACAAACUGCAGCCAUGACAUCAACGCACGUUCUACCGCAAUUUCCAUUCAGUUCGGCGGCGCCUGGUCAGGGACCAGGACCUAGUUCCCUUGCGCCUCCGCUCAUGUCAACUACUGUUCCGCCUACCUUCCAAUCAAACAUGCCGACGUUCUGCACACCGUAUGGCGCGAACAAUGUGGCGCCGCCGGCGCAGAUGCCCGUUACAGUAGCGACUGAAAAUCAACCGAUGCAUAGCAGCAUUCCACCACACGUUCCAUCUGCUGCACCAGCUUCAGUGCCGAAUCCGCAACCAUUCCCGUCGAUGUUCGCUGCAUCUGGUGGCGAAGUUGGUCAAUCGCACCUUUACUCGUGUGGCAAUCUGGCGCCACCCGAGGUCCCAGCAACUCUAAACACCAACCAGCUGGCAGCGCGACAAGUUCUGGGGAAGGAGCUGCCAAAGUUCAGUGGUCGUCCGGAGGACUGGCCACUGUUCAUAACGAGCUUCGAACAAUCCACGAUAGCAUGCGGCUAUACAAACGUCGAAAAUUUGAUCCGCCUCAAGAAAUGUCUUGAUGGUAACGCGUUGGAGUCCGUGCGUAGCAAGCUUCUCCUCCCGUCCAGCGUACCGCAUGUGAUUCAAACACUUCGCACUCUCUACGGACGACCCGAACUGCUGAUUCGUUCGUUAUUGGAAAAAAUCCAUCACGCUCCGACGCCUAGAUAUGACCGUUUGGAAACCGUGAUUGAAUUCGGAAUAGCAGUUCAGACUCUGGUUGACCAUCUAGUCGCGGCGGGCCAGAAUGUCCACCUCUCAAAUCCCGCACUCAUGCAAGAGCUGGUGGAGAAACUGCCGGGGACGAUGAGAAUGGAGUGGGCUGUUUAUAAGUCUCGGCUUCCGGUAGCUACGUUGCAGACUUUUGGAGAGUUCAUGUCUGGGCUGGUGGCAACGGCGAGUCAGGUUUCGUUCGAGCUUCCCACACUUGAUCGGUCCGCAAGGAGUGACAGGGCUAAAGUGAAAAGUAAAGGCGUCGUUCAAACCCAUUCGGCAGGUUCUGCUUCAACUCCAUCUACUUCGAUGGUCAAGACUGGAAAGCUGGUGAAACCAUGUCCAUGCUGUAGUCGAGAAGGCCAUAGACUAGCGGAAUGCGAUCGAUUCAAGCUCCUGAAGACAGACGACCGUUGGAAACUGGCAGAACAGAAGAGUCUUUGCCGUACUUGCCUCAAUAACCACGGAAAGUGGCCCUGCCGGUCAUGGAAAGGUUGUGAAAUAGAAGGCUGUCGGCACAAACAUCACACACUGCUCCAUGGGGCGCCGUCAAAUUCUCAGUCUACCGGUAUGACAGCCAGCCACUUGUCUACGGAUCAGUUCUGUAUGUUCAGGAUCGUUCCAGUGGUGCUGCAUGCAAAGGGACGAAAGCUGUCCAUCUUUGCCUUCAUCGAUGAAGGAUCGUCGGAAACUCUCAUCGAAGAAACAGUGGCUAAACAGUUAGACGCAACAGGGCCAACAGAACCACUGACUUUACACUGGACUGGAAGUGUCUCCCGAGAAGAAACGAACUCGCAGCGAAUACAGUUAAAGAUUACUGCAAAGAGCGGCGGGGCUCAUCAUGACCUUCGUCAUGUACGUACCGUGAGCUGCCUAGUGCUUCCGUCACAAACAUUACGUUAUGAGGAAAUGGCUCAACGUUUCCCUCACCUACGAGGACUCCCAAUCGAAGACUACACGAACGUGCAACCCAAAUUGCUGAUCGGACUCAACAAUCUCGGCCUAUGCGUCCCGAGGAAAUUGCGGGAAGGAAGACCUUAUGAACCGGUGGCCGUUAAGUGUCAUCUUGGAUGGAGUGUCUACGGUGGCGUUUCUUCUAGUGCGAUUCGAAGCGUUGCUGUUAACUUUCACGCUGCCACUGCAUCGGAUCCUGAUAAGCUUCUCAAUGAACAACUUCGAGAUUACUUUGCAAUCGAAAGCAGCAUGGUAUCGCCUGGCUUCCAAACAGAUUCGGAGGAGGACAAACGUGCGCGAGCUCUUUUGGAAUCUACAACCCGGCGGAUCGGAAACUGUUUUGAAACCGGACUUCUCUGGAGGACAGACGCGGUGGAUUUCCCCGACAGUUACGGCAUGGCGCUACGCCGGCUUCAAUCUCUGGAACGGAAGUUUCAUCAGCAUCCAGAUCUCGGAGACAGGGUUGCUCAGCAGAUACGUGAUUACGAGCGAAAAGGGUAUGCACGGCAAGCUACAGAAGAAGACCUGGCGUACAACGACAACAGUCGAACGUGGUAUCUUCCCUUAGGAAUUGUGGUCAACCCUAAAAAACCCAACAAGCUUCGAUUGAUAUGGGACGCAGCGGCGAAGGUUGGCGACGUGUCUUUCAACUCGAAGCUCCUGAAAGGGCCGGAUCUAUUGACCCCGCUCCCGGCUGUACUCUCUCGGUUCCGCCAAUUUCCGGUUGCAGUUGCAGGGGAUAUCAAAGAGAUGUUCCACCAGAUCAAAAUACGGAAACAAGAUCAACAGUCUCAACGCUUCCUCUGGCGGGAACAUCCAUCUGAGCAACCUAGGAUCUACAUUAUGGAAGUUGCAACAUUUGGCUCAACGUGCUCCCCAGCAUCGGCGCAGUUCGUGAAGAACCUCAACGCUGCAGAGUACGCCGACCAGUAUCCUCGGGCUGUAGUUGCGAUCCACGACAACCACUAUGUGGAUGAUUACUUGGACAGUUUUCAGACGAUCGAGGAAGCGGUCCAAGUAGUUGGGGAAGUGAAACACGUCCAUGCGAUGGGCGGAUUUGAAAUUCGUAAUAUGCUUUCGAACUCUGUGGAGGUACUUCGAAGGAUUGAAGAGCUUCCUGGCGAAAACUCCAAGGACUUAUCGUUGACGCGUGGGGAAACUACUGAAUCGGUACUCGGAAUGCGCUGGGUACCAACGGAGGACGCAUUUACCUACACGUUUGCCCUUCGAGCCGAUCUACAAGCGGUGUUGGAGGACGAUCAUGUGCCGACAAAGCGGGAACUCCUGAAAGUAGUGAUGAGUUUGUUCGAUCCACUUGGCUGUAUCUCUUUCUUCUUGGUACACGGGAAGAUCCUCAUCCAAGAUAGCUGGAUUUCGAAGAUUGGCUGGGACGAUCCUAUAUCCGAUAGCUGCUUGGUGCGAUGGAAACAGUGGACUGCACUCUUCGAUCAACUGCCGUCGCUCAGGAUUCCUCGGUGCUACUUUCGGGCACCCUAUCCGAAUAAUUUCGAUAAACUACAGCUGCACGUCUUCGUAGAUGCCAGUGAGUCUGCGUAUUCGUGCGUGGCGUACUUCCGUCUUCCAGUCGGAGAGCAGAUUCAAGUGGCUAUGGUUGCCGCCAAGACAAAGGUGGCCCCAAUCAAUACUAUCUCCAUUCCGCGUUUAGAGCUGAAAGCUGCCGUUCUCGGAACUCGCCUGUUGGAAUCUGUAAAACAGUACCAUACCAUUCCGAUUGAGGAUUCUUUCCUAUGGAGUGAUUCCAAAACGGUGUUAGCGUGGAUUCAAUCGGAACACCGUCGCUAUCACAAGUUUGUUGCAGUGCGCGUCGGAGAAAUUCUGCUUUCUACGGAUGCGAAGAACUGGCGAUGGGUACCCUCGAAAACUAAUCCAGCGGACGAGGCCACUAAAUGGAAAACUGGACCGAAUCUCAGCACAGACGGCCCGUGGUUUCGUGGUCCAAACUUCUUGAGGCAACACGAAACCUCUUGGCCAGCACAGCUACAAACCUUCACCACUCAAGAAGAAAUACGCUCUGUGCAUCUGCACCGGAUUCAAUGUUCUAUCGUAGAUCCUGCACGAUUCAGCAAGUGGACGAAAAUGCAGCGUACGGUCGCGUUUGUGUUGCGGUACGUUGACAAUCUAAAACGGAAGGUCGAUGGUCGUCAACUAGCCAGCGGAAUACUUAACCAAGAGGAGCUGGCGAAAGCAGAGCAGUUUCUUUGGAAAACCGCACAAGCAGAAGCCUUUCCAGAGGAAAUAACAGUGCUCAAACGAACCCAAGGAUCUCCAGAAUCACGACACUGUAUAGUAUCGAAAUCAAGCCGCAUCUACAAGCGAUGGCCCUUCCUGGACGAAGAUGGUGUUCUCCGUAUGCGAGGUAGAAUUUCUGCAGCUCCUUUCGUACAAUACGAAACAAAGUAUCCAGCGAUCUUGCCCGAGAAGCAUCCAAUCACGUUUCUUCUCGUAGAGUCGUUCCACUGCCGAUUUCGUCAUGCGAAUAGGGAAACCAUUACGAACGAACUACGACAACGUUUCGACAUACCCAGACUGCGAGCGCUGAUUAGUCGAGUCAUGCGAAGUUGUGCCUGGUGCCGAAUAGCGAAGGCAUCCCCAAAACCACCUGUAAUGGGCCCUCUACCAGAAGCCCGUGUAACACCAUUCAUCCGGCCAUUUACAUACGUGGGACUGGACUACUUUGGCCCGGUGUUCGUGAAAGUCGGUAGGAGUCAGGCAAAGCGAUGGGUGGCACUGUUCACCUGCCUUACCAUCAGGGCGGUGCACCUCGAAGUGGUGCAUAGCCUCAACGCUGUAUCCUGCAUCAUGGCUAUUCGUCGAUUUGUAUCUCGGCGAGGUACCCCUGCUGAAUUCCACACCGAUAACGGAACCUGCUUUCAAGCCGCAAGCAAGGAGUUGGCCAGCGAGAUAAAGUCUCGGAAUGAGGAGAUAGCUCUCACGUUCACCAGCGCGCAGACAAAAUGGUGUUUCAUUCCACCCUCUGCACCCCACAUGGGCGGGGCGUGGGAACGUCUUGUACGUUCGGUGAAGGCAGCGGUUGGGACAAUACUAGACGCUCCUCGACGACCAGAUGACGAAACCCUGGAGACCGUUCUGUUUGAAGCAGAGGCUAUGAUCAACUGUAGACCUUUAACCUACGUGCCUUUGGAGUCAGCGGACGAAGAAUCUAUCACCCCGAAUCAUUUUCUGCUUGGUAGCUCCAACGGAGUGAGAAUUCGACCCACGGAACCUGUCCCAGAACAUGCGACGUUAAGGAGUAACUGGAAACUUGCUCAACACAUCACCGAUCAACUGUGGCGCAGGUGGAUCAAAGAGUUUCUGCCUGUAAUCGCCCGCAGGUCUAAAUGGCAUGAGGAAGCAAAGGAUCUACAAGUAGGUGACUUAGUUUUAAAAGUGAAUGGAACUUUGAGGAACCAGUGGAUUCGGGGCCGCAUCAUUCAGGUCUUUCCUGGAAAAGACGGCAGAGUUCGUCAAGCUCUCGUGAAAACAGCGACAGGAGUACUGAAAAGAGCAGCGGUUAAACUUGCUGUUCUUGACGUUGUAGAGCAGUGUAAACCAGGUGACGAUCCUCUCGAGACUUCAACCUUUCACCAUGGUUUACGGGAGGGGGUAUGUAACGACAAGACCCAUCGUUCUGGUAGCACUGCAAUGGACUAGGAAUCUCACUUUCCAUCCGUACUUGUCUCGCAGUUGUCAAUCUGAAUGACUGGCAUGAUAGGUAGGGAAUAACAAAGCGUGCAUAUAGCGAAGCAAACGGAGUGAUUAUGUAAGGAGGAAUUUGUUGAUAAAACUGUGAAUUCGAUUGAAUAUUUAUUUACACUAUUGAUUUAUUCUUACAUCUACUAUUUACAGUGCCUUAAAUCUAAA